AUGAUGAAAAAUCCUUAAAUUUUGUUAUUGAUUAGAAUUAAAUAAAUGCAGAAUUCGGUGUAUUUGGAAUAUUUAUAAAUUACAUGAAAUAGAUAAAUUAAAAGAAUUAUUAUUAAAAAAGCUUAACAAAUCAUAUUGAAUUUACACUAGAUAACGAGCUUAAACUAUGAAAUCAUCAAAAAAUUCUAGGGUUGAUUUUCAAUAUAUAUUUAGGUCUAUUAAUAAAGUAGAUUCUUCAGUUGAAGUCUAAUUAGAUUAAUAAACAAAAUUUUAUUGAAAAUAAAGAGGAUUUUCUUGAUUCAGAAUUUCCUAAAUAUAAAUAUUCAAAGUUAUUUAAAGUAAAUAUAUUAAAUUAAAAAAGGCAGAUGAAAAAUUGAUGGCCUUUAUUGAAAAUUAAAAUGAAGAUGCAUAUUAAAAUAAUUGA